CGUAAGUGCUGCGGGGAGAGCUGGUGCAUGUCACUGGGUGAUGACGUCAGCUGCGGCGCGCCGGGGGAGGUGGGGUGCCAUAGCGGCAGCAGCUGGUCUCGGCUUGUGGUGCGAGCUUCGGAACAGAUUUUCAUGGAUCUCAAUAGUGCUAGCACUAUUGUUUUGCGAGUCUUAACCCAAGCUACUAGUCAAGAUACUGCAGUGUUGAAACCAGCUGAGGAACAACUGAAGCAGUGGGAGACACAGCCAGGCUUUUAUUCAGUCUUGUUGAAUAUCUUUACAAAUCAUACCCUGGAUGUGAAUGUAAGAUGGUUAGCUGUGCUGUACUUUAAAAAUGGAAUUGAUUGCUACUGGAGACGGGUCGCACCACAUGCUCUUUCUGAAGAAGAAAAAACUACGUUGCGUGCUGGACUUAUUACCAACUUUAAUGAGCCAGUGAAUCAGAUAGCAACUCAGAUCUCUGUACUGAUUGCUAAAGUUGCCAGAGUGGACUGCCCAAGGCAAUGGCCAGAACUUAUACCCACUCUUCUAGAAUCUGUGAAAGUCCAGGACGAUCUUCGACAACACAGAGCAUUACUUACCUUUUAUCAUGUUACAAAGACCCUGGCAUCCAAACGACUUGCUGCAGAUAGGAAACUUUUCUAUGAUCUUGCAUCAGGUAUUUAUAGCUUUGCAUGUUCCUUGUGGAAUCAUCAUACUGAUAUGUUCCUACAGCAAGUUUGUACAGAGGAUGAAGCUGCAGCCACAAAUUCAUUAGAAAGAACCUUGUUGUCAUUGAAAGUCCUUCGUAAACUGACAGUCCAUGGGUUUGUAGAACCUCAUUGGAGCAUAGAGGUGAUGGGGUUUCUACAUGCAGUGUUUGAACGGCUAAAACAGUUUCUGGAGUGUAGUAGAAGUAUAGGAGCAGAAAACGUAUGCAGAGACCGUCUAGAAAAGACUAUAAUUCUGUUCACUAAAGUGCUUUUGGACUUCCUGGAUCAACAUCCUUUUUCAUUUACCCCUUUGAUUCAGAGGUCAUUGGAGUUUGCUGUAAGCUAUGUUUUCACAGAGGCUGGUGAAGGAGUUGUAUUUGAGCGGUUUAUUGUACAGUGCCUGAAUCUUAUUAAGAUAAUUGUAAAAAAUUAUGCUUACAAGCCAUCCAAAAAUAUCGAAGAUAGCAGUCCUGAAACUCUUGAAGCAUAUAAGAUAAAGACAGCGUUUUUCACAUUUCCAACACUAAUGGAAAUAUGUAGGAGAUUAGUCACUCACUAUUUUCUGCUGACAGAGGAAGAAUUAACAAUGUGGGAAGAAGACCCAGAAGGCUUCACUGUAGAAGAGACAGGAGGAGAUUCUUGGAAGUACAGUCUCCGACCAUGCACAGAAGUUCUUUUUAUUGAUAUUUUCCAUGAAUAUAAUCAGACUCUUACCCCUGUGCUUUUAGAAAUGGUUCACAGUCUACAAGGAUCUACCAACAUGGAAGAUACCAGUACUAUACUGAUUAAAGAUGCUGUGUAUAAUGCGGUUGGACUGGCUGCUUAUGAACUAUUUGAUAGUGUGGAUUUUGAUCAGUGGUUUAAAAAUCAACUAUUAGCAGAACUACAGGUUUCUCAUAACAGGUAUAAGCCAAUACGCCGACGAGUAAUUUGGCUGAUUGGACAGUGGAUUUCUGUAAAAUUCAAAUCGGACUUGAGGCCUAUUUUAUAUGAGGCAAUUCGUAACUUGCUUCAAGACCAAGACUUAGUGGUCCGUAUUGAGACAGCUAUGACGCUGAAGUUAACUGUAGAUGACUUUGAGUUCAAAACUGACCAGUUCUUACCGUAUCUGGAAUCCAUGUUUACACUGCUCUUUCAGCUACUUCAGGAAGUAACAGAAUGUGACACCAAAAUGCAUGUUCUUCACGUUCUGUCUUGUGUGAUUGAAAGAGUCAAUAUGCAGAUACGACCAUAUGUAGGAUGUUUGGUUCAGUAUUUGCCACUCCUUUGGAAACAGAGUGAGGAGCACAAUAUGCUACGAUGUGCAAUUCUAACCACCCUUAUCCAUCUUGUUCAGGGACUGGGUGCAGACAGCAAAAAUAUCUAUCCUUUUCUGCUUCCAGUUAUUCAGCUAAGUACAGAUGUUUCUCAGCCUCUGCAUGUCUAUCUUCUGGAAGAUGGUUUAGAGUUGUGGUUAGUGACGUUGGAAAAUAGUCCAUGUCUUACACCUGAGCUUCUGAGAAUAUUUCAGAACAUGUCUGCCCUUCUUGAGCUGAGUUCAGAAAACUUCAAAAAUUGCUUUAAGAUCAUCAAUGCUUAUAUUUUCUUAUCAUCAUCUGAAUUUUUACAGAUGUAUGCUGCUGACUUAUGUCAGUCAUUUUGUGAACUCUUAAAGGACAUAACUACUGAAAGUCAAGUUCAAGUUUUAAAGGUUGUGGAAAAUGUCCUAAAAGUAAAUCCUGUUUUGGGUCCUCAAAUGUUUCAACCCCUUCUGCCAUCAGUAUUCAGGGGGAUUAUAGAUGGGGAGAGAUAUCCAGUGGUGAUGUCUACUUAUCUGGGGGUCAUGGGUAGAGUUCUGCUACAAAAUGCAAGGUUUUUUUCAUUGUUUUUGACCCAGAUGGCAUGUGAAUUGGGUCAGGAGUUGGAUCAAAUUCUUGGUAACAUGAUUGAAAUGUGGGUUGAUCGGAUGGAUAACAUCACUCAGCCAGAAAGAAGAAAACUUUCUGCUUUGGCAUUGCUUUCACUUCUGCCAUCAUUGAAUAGUGUUAUCCAAGAGAAAUUUUGUGGUAUCAUCAACAUUUCGGUGGAAGGGCUGCAUGAUGUUAUGACUGAAGAUACUGAAAGUGGAACAUACAAAGACUGUAUGUUGAUGUCUCAUUUUGAAGAGCCUAAAGUAACAGAAGAUGAGGAACCUCCCACAGAACAAGACAAAAGGAAAAAAAUACUUGCACUGAAGGACCCUGUACACACUGUGUCAUUGCAGCAGUUCAUCUAUGAGAAGCUAAAGGCACAGCAGGAAUUACUGGGAGAACAAGGUUUUCGUGCACUUAUGGAAACCGUGGAUACAGAAAUAGUUGCACAGCUACAAGAAUUUUUACAAGGUUUCUAAAGAAACAAUAUUUUGUAUGUCCAAUUUCCCCUUUCAAAAAAAUAUGAAAAAACUCUAGCCUUCCCUCUUGUAUGGAAGAGCCUAAUGAAAGCUGAAAAUAACUUGUGUUAAAAAAUAAAGAGCAGAAUGUUUUUUGGUUUUGGUUUUUUUCUCACUGUAAGGUUGAAAUAAUAAAUGUAAAUUGACUCCUGGCUAGAGUUUACAAAUUUGUUUCAUGAGUGUGUGUGAUUUUUCUGUGUAUGAAGAAUGAUAGAUUGCAUGAGGAAAUAUGUUGUUUUUUUUUUUUUGCUUCCUCUGCUGUUAAUAGAAAAAGGAAGGUUUUUUUGAUUCCACAUUGAGAAGUGGAAGCUGAUUUUGGAGAUUCUUUUUUUUUUAAUGCAAUGGUAACAUCUAAAUUUUUCUGCCUUAUACUUAAUUGCUAGUGACAGCAUUUUUCAGCAGCUGCUUAAAUAGGGAAGUGUUUCAGCAGUAAACAGUUUUUGAUUUAAUUUUGUUAAACAUUGUAUGUGCACAUAAACCUAUGUAUGUAAGAUUCCCAGGCUUAAGAAGUUGAACACCACUUUUUCCUUUCAAAAUAAAAAACUACAAAAUGUGAAUUCUUUCUCAAGCUGAUAGGGUUUGAGUGUACUGUAGGUAUUUAAGCUAUCAGUCUUAGGAGGAGUGGGUUCUAUGAUAUAUUUAGCAUUGUUGAGUAGUGUCCUUUUUAUAAGAUUAAGGACAUCACAAAUCUACUGAAUACAUUUUAUUUUUAGAGCAGACCCUAUAGGAUGUAGUGAGGAUAGCAGACUUAAAAAAAAAUGAUGGAGAAAUCUUGAAGAUAGUUGGUGAUUCAAAGGCAGUGUUUUUCCAUUCCCUCUAUUCCUCGAGAGAGAAAAAAUGCUGAGGGGAAGGGGAACAAGGAGAAACCUAUUUUUUUUCUAGUUCUCUUAUGGUGACUAGACUUUUUAAGUGGGAUAUCAAAAUGCACAGUAUGAUUCCUCUAUAGAUGUCUGUGUGCAGCACGUAACUGGGGAGUCCUUUGUUCCCUGUGAGCUGUAAAACUGCAUAAAAAAUUCUGAUGCUUCCAAAAAGGCAAAUGGGAGUGUCAAUUAAACUUUAGAAAGAUACCUCACUUCUGACUGACUUAAUUUGUAUGCCAUUACUACAGCAUGUAAAACACUACCUGUAACUUAGAGAAUGAUGCCCUCCUGUACUGACCUUAUUGAAUCUAUAAGGAAUGACAGUAAGUCACUACAGCUCUUGUCAUCUUGAAUUUUCUUAUUUGCUUUAAGAUUGACUAAAAUCUUUUUUGCAUGAAUUAAACCUCACACU